GGGCCGCGCCGGGCUCCCCCCGCCGCCCCCCCCCGGCACCUCGGGCAGGCGCCCGAAUUCCCGGGGCGCGUUGAUCCCGUGCCCAAAUGUGCCCUUGUUUUCCUCUGGGACUGUGACGGAGGCCGGGAAUUGAGCCCCCCGAGGGAUGAGACAUUUAUUUGGUUUUAGUGCUGGAAUAACAAGCUCAAGGCUGUGGCUGUUACAGCAGCUGGUAACAACAUGAGCAUUUAAUUCCUAUCUGCAGCUUAAGAAGAAACCUACACACCCAGCCUUAUUCUUCCCUGUCCCCCCUGUGCCACUGAGGCCAGCUCUGGCUUGCCCUUGCUUCUGAUUACCUUGACUGGAGGAAUCAGCCAUGGCUGAUGACUCUCAGAGAAACUUCCGCUCAGUGUAUUAUGAAAAAGUGGGAUUUCGUGGAGUUGAAGAGAAGAAGUCGCUGGAAAUUCUGCUGAAGGAUGAUCGUUUGGAUAUUGAGAAGCUUUGCACAUUUAGUCAAAGGUUUCCUCUUCCAUCCAUGUAUCGUAUACUGGUGUGGAAAGUGCUUCUAGGAAUCAUUCCUCCUCACCACGAAUCUCAUGCUUUGGUGAUGAAGUACCGGAAGGAGCAGUACUGGGACAUUCACCACGCUCUCCGUGUGAUUCGCUUUAUUAAUGAUUCUACCCCACAGGUUGAUGUUUUCCUCCGCAUACAUCAGCUGGAAUCAGGAAAACUGCCUCGAAACGUAGCUUUUCCAUUGGAACCUGAAGAUGAAGUGUUUCUUGCUAUUGCUAAAGCAAUGGAGGAAAUGGUAGAGGAUCCUAUAGAAUGCUAUUGGCUUGUCAGUUGUUUUGUGAAUCAGCUGAACAGCAAGCACAAAGAUUCAUUACAACAGCUGCCAAAAGUUCUGGAGCAGUAUUUGAACAUUGAAGAUAACAGACUGCUGAUGCAUCUGAAGGCAUGUUCUGCAAUGAGCAAACUCCCCUACGAUCUUUGGUUUAAAAAGUGUUUUGCAGGAUGUUUACCUGAGUCCAGUUUACAGAGAGUUUGGGACAAAGUUAUAAGUGGAUCCUGCAAGAUUCUUGUGUUUGUUGCUGUGGAGAUAUUAUUAACCUUUAAAAUGAAGAUAAUAGCACUGAAUUCUGCAGAAAAGAUCACACAGUUUUUGGAAAAUAUUCCUCAGGACAACACGGACGCCAUUGUCAGCAAAGCUGUGGAUCUGUGGCGCACGCACUGCGGGACUCCGGCACACUCAGCCUGAGAGCUCUCCUGGCUUGCGACAGCUUGGGAAAAACUUGGCUUUCCAAAAGACAUUUUACCACCCUUCCCCCAUCCUAGUGUGAUGUUCUUCAUUAACCCUUUUGUGUAAAGAUGCUGUUAAAGCAUGGUGACCAAUAUGUAAAUAUUUUUCAAUAAAAACAGAUGGAAUGAAGAUACUUCGUGGUGGGGCGAUGACAUCUGCAGUUAUGUGUUCAUCCAGUUACAGUAUUUUGGUUGCACAGUGUGCUCUCUUGCUUUUGCAGAAGUAAAACUAGCUCUUGAAGCAAGGUAAAUAGAUUUACUUGUAAUGUAAAAAUGUUUCAGUAUGCCAUCUUAUACUUGAUAUGACUAGGUACUACUUGGAGGUAUUUGUACAGUGAAUUUACUGAAUGUCAGCCUGCUGGGUGGUGAACAAGCAUGCUUUUGCUAGGAAUGUAAUUGUACUCUUUUAACACUGUAAAUUUUCCGAUAAAUGUAACUUCCCAAAUCUGAGGUACAGGACAUGACAAUGACCAGGGGUGAAAUCCUUUUCUGAAGUGUUUUAAAAUACUUUUUAUAUGUCAGAACCUCUCUAUGGCUGUAUCUCCUUUGUUCUUCAUGGAAGAGGUUCUAGAGAAGCGGAUCUGUGCCGGUAUGGAGAAAAUCAGUGGGAUGAGCCAAUGUAAUUCAGAAUUACAGCCCAGUAAUAACCAAUGCCUCUGCUGAGUGCUUGGCUCGAAGCUGUUGUAAUUUGAUUCUUCUUGGUUUAGAUUUCAGAAUUAACUCAAUGCAGAAAUGUAAUUCAUGGUGUGAGUAAAAGUGGAGUGAUUAGCCA